AUGGCUGACAAACAUACAGGGAUUUACCACUCAUCAGCCGUUGUCCCGGCAACAAGUGAGGAUCUCCGGAAGUUGUGUGAAGAACUCCGCCUUGGCUGCAGUGAUGAGGACAUCGCCGGGGUCCGGGACAACUUCAGACAGUACUCUGCAUGUCUGCAGCGUGUGUACGACCUGCCCGACCUCUCCCUCCCCGUCAAAUACCCCCGGACCCCGGGGCACCGACCAACACAGGCCGACAACCCCUGCAACGCCUGGUACUGGUGUUGUGACAUCAAGGGAUCUGGUUCGGGGCUACUGCUCGGCAGAACAGUCGGGGUCAAGGACAACAUUGCUGUAGCCGGGGUCCCAAUGAUGAACGGAAGUCGUCUCCUGGAGGGAUAUGUUCCUGAGUUCGACGCCACAGUCGUCACACGAAUUUUAGAUGCAGGUGGGAACAUCACCGGCAAGACGUCGUGUGAGGACAUGUGUAUCAGUGGAUCGAGCUUCCUGAAUGCCAGAGGGCCAGUGAGACACCCACAUGAUAAAUCACGUGACUGUGGUGGAUCAUCCUCGGGAAGCGCUGCACUGCUCAGCCUUGGCGAGAUAGACCUAGCUCUUGGUACUGAUCAGCUCGGCUCCAUCCGCAUCCCUGCCUCCUGGACGGGCGUGGUCGGGCUGAUGCCCACAUUCGGUCUCGUGCCCUUCACUGGGGCAGCAUCUAUAGACACAUGCAGAGACGUCAUCGGGCCCAUGGCUAGAACAGUCACAGACUGCGCUCUGCUGUUGCAGGUCAUAGAGGGAGAUGAUGACAAUAAAGACCCAAGGCAAUCAGGAAAGAUUCCUCCUCAAAACUACAUACAAAAGCUUGAUAAAGGCAUCGAGGGCUGUAAGAUCGGUGUGCUGAAAGAAGGUUUUGAGAUGUGUACCUGUCAAUCUGUGUGUGAUGUCGUCAGUAUGGCCGCCCGGAGGUUGACUGAUGCUGGCGCGGACGUGGAGGAUGUGUCUAUUCCAGAACAUGCUGAUGGGCUUGCGAUAGCUUCCGUGAUAGCCACCGAAGGGACCUACAACUGCAUGAUUAAAGGGAACGGUUUUGGCUUCUCGUGGAAGGGAUUCUAUCCCACAAGUCUCCAGGAAGCAAUAAGUAAAGGUUAUGCAGCCCGACCACACGAGUUGUCCCCCCUUGUCAAGACCUACUCACUUCUCGGUGAGUAUAUGUAUCGGAAGUACGGAAGCAAGUUCUACUCCAAAGCACAGAAUCUGGCCCUGAUGUUGAGGAAACGAUACGACGAGGCAUUAAAGACAUAUGACGUCAUUAUAAUGCCCACAGCCACACAUCUGCCACCAAGGUUGCCUGGGAGAGAUGCAAGUUUAAAAGAUAUCCUUGACCGUGGCUUGUCGAUGUUCGGGAAUACAGCCCCCUUCAACUGCACUGGUCAUCCCGCCCUCACUGUCAACGCCGGUCGUGUCGAGGGACUUCCGGUCGGUAUGAUGAUUGUUGGCAGACAUUUUGAUGACCUCACGAUAUUACAGGUGGCAAGAGCCUAUGAGAAGAUCCGAGAAGACUAAUCGAACAUCAAUCAUAGAACACUACUUUAGUCAUUUUGUGUUUGUCCAGGGAUAAGGAUUGUGUGAAGAAGUAUAGCAUUAUACUAUAACAGAGAUGAUUCUUUCUUACUUAAUAGUCAAGAUAAUAAAGUACUUUUUUCUUAUCGUGCUUAAAGAGAA